CUUCUCUAUUGUGCAUAUGUAGUUGCGAGUUAUCAGUUUGAGUCAUUGAACUACAUGGCCGUCAUCAAGUGUGUUGGAACAUUCGAGGGAACAUUGAACUUGAAGGAAAUCCAGUGUGUAACCAAGGCGAAGGGAACAAUUCACUUAUUAUAUCGGUUAUAAUUUAUCGGUAAGACUCGAAUUAUAUAACUUUGCCUUAGUUUGUUAGUGUGUCAUUUAAUUUCUGAUUGAACGAAGUGUGGUUGCAUGAUUGGAUAUGAAAAUAUGUCGAAUUGGUUUAUUGUAUUUUAUAUACAAACCGCUGCAGUUGCCACCGUGUUAGUGCAUGUUGUCCUCAUAUUCCGCCUCAUAUGUCAAUGGUUGUCCCGGAUUCGUUUGGUUGCUGGGGUUAAACUAGAGUUACGUUAAUUUAACUAUUGGGAGCUAACGUUACUAUCCCUGCAGAAGUGACAACCAAACGAUAACAAACUAUACUACAUAUUACGACGACUACGACAAUUUGUCGAGUUUCUUGCAUUUUAAUUUCGCAGAAAUUAGAGCCCUUGUGCAGUAUAAUUUACUCAGAAAUGUUACUCAUUUCUUGGAAAACUUGUUGCGUUGCGUUGUGUUCCUACCUGUGCUUUAAUUGUAGCCUAGUGAUGUCAAUUUUAUUAAGUUAGUAAAAAGUUGUUAUAUUUCUUAACAACAGAUGAAACGGGUGAGACCUGGCUCCCUCAACGAGAAAGAUCCGUAUUAUCAGGCAGUCUGAGAAGAGACGUGCAUGGUAAAGAUGCGUUGUCCGAAAUAUUCUACGGUUGCCGUGGUCCUCCUUUCGGUUCUUACUAUAACCGCUUUUGGAUUUCUCAUCGAAAGUUGCGUCGACAGUUAUCGACACAAAAUAUGGACGUCCAAGUACUUGCCGCGAUCAAAACAAGCCUUCCCUACAGCUGCUGUAUGCAAUGGGAGGGAUCAAGGAGAACCACCGAUACCUUUAAACUCCACAAAUAUUAAGAAUAUUCCACGGAUACAAAAUUGGUGCUAUACCUUCACGUACGACUACACCACGCACAGGAAUAUUCGCGUCAGCUGCAAGGCACAACCUGUGUUUGUCGUGUGGGAAAAUAAGCUAGUAUGUACCGUAGUAAACUUGUACAACAGGUCAGACCUCGGGGCAUAUUCGGAAAAUCUGUUUGACAAGCAGCACGAGACGGCCAUGUAUAUGUGGUUUCAAUACGAGAGCAGUCCAUUUGAUACGUUUCAAGUGUAUUUUUUCCACGGCACACAAGACGCCACUUUAAUCGAUAAACUACAGGAGAAACCUUGGCAAGAGAUUGGUCCAUAUUUGAAGUUUAACCCAAGUCGGAAAGUUGAGAGUCUGUCGCUAAACAGGAAGUUGUACACAACGUUUAUGUACUUUGUUCGCACAAGGGAGUGGAAACCAUAUUCUUCUAAUAUCCACGAAAAAGAUUUUAUGCUACAACAGCAAGCAAAGUUUAGAACUAAUGUUACAGAGGAUGUUAUUCAGGUGAGGAAAUAGCCUAGCUUUCAGGUGAAGGUAACAUGCACACAAGGCACACGACAGUGCAUUCUGGAAACUGGAAUUUCUUUACCGAGAAUUAAUAAUGCU